AAAAAAGACAAUAGGACGAAUAUGAUUGUCAGUAUGGCUUCUGUCAACAGUAUCUUCUCUUCUGUUGUCAACCUCGAGUGAUGAUAUUCUCCAUUAUUUGCGCCUCAGGACUAUAAUGCAGCAACCCAUCCAGAUGCAGCAGCACAUGACGAACCCGGAAGGUCGCCAGUAAUCAAUCAGUAGACUAGCAGCAGCGAGACAUCACCGUUUCCUUUCAUUUAAUUAAUUGCCGACAGCUCCUCCAAGAUAGCUUCGAGGUCCUUAAACCUUCAGUUCUCCUUUCACCAUGCGAAUCCGCUACCCCUUCGCAGGUGCCUUUCUCUUCCUCCUAAUCCUCGCAGCCUACAUCGGCCUGCUCCCUCACAGCACCUCCUCCUCAAUCCCAUCAAAUCUCCAACCAAACGACAAAUUCCUGCACGUCGUCACCUUCUUCUUCCUCUCCCUCGUCUUCUACUGGAUCCCGGAUACCACCCGCCGCCGCUCUCUGCAAUUGACCUUGCUCAUCUGCACCCUUGCCCUCGGCAUCGGCUCCGAGAUCGUCCAAGCCAUCCUCCCCAACGACCGCCCAUUCGACCCCUUCGACAUCCUCGCCAACCUCGUCGGCAGCCUCGGCGCCGUCGGCCUAUGCAGCUGGUACCACCGGCGGAUGCUAGAGCGGCGGCGCAAGGCCCGCUUCGGGGCGCUGGGCGACGAGCGCGGGGAUGACGUCGAGCUAGGCGGCGCUGGCGGUUCGGAGAGUGGCCUCGGGCCGCAGGAAUCGGGCGUGAUGUCGCUGGAGCAGGAGGUCGACAAUUGGGAUGAGAAUGCGGCGGACACCUGGGAUACGGAGGAGGGGGCGGAUGAGUAUUCCGCUGCUGCUCCGGGGCGGGGUCCGGAGUCCAAGGUCUCGCCUGUUAACGACGAGGGCGCGAAACGGACUGAUUGAUUCGGCUUGCGGUUUGUUUUUGAGUCGUAAGGUCUUGCCCGUUGCGCUGGGCAGAUUAGAAAAAGCACCACCGACGUGUGCAUUUACAGGUCGCUCAUCGCUGAUGAGCCCCAUCCAUUGUCAUGUCUAUAUGCCUCCGUCUACCUUAACGACUGCCUCUGUGGAAAAGAAAUCCUUGUUUAUGAUAUUUAUGGCUAUGUUGUGAAUCUCUGGGCUGACGCUGUACAUUUAUAUCGUCCUUUUUCUCGUGCUUAUAUACCACCCUCUACUUCGGGAAAUUCUGCUUGGAAUUUAUGGCGUCGCAUGUACUCAGCGAGAACCUAUAAAUCAACUUUUUGUCUUGCUGAAUGGGAUCUUUCAGGUGACUUGCGGUCUACAUGCACAUGGGUUUCCGCGAGCCUAACCUACCCUUCACUCCUUGACAGGCAAUCCAGU